AUGGCUACAAUUCCAUUGUUCGACAGUCUUCCCCUACGGAAGGAUGGCCCUCCAGGUAAUGCCUGGGGACUUUUCGGAGACAGUGACCAGUGUGGCAUGCUAAAUCGACUCACGCCCGAGAUUGUGAGCGCUGCGUCACAGGAAAUCAAGACGGGAAUCCGUAUUCCCACUGAUUUACCACUCAACUUCAUGUCAAUGCCAUGCUUCGGACGAGUACCAUUUAAGCAAACUAUCAAAAACAAAGCGCCCCGUGAAGUCAACGAUGACACGUUACAUUUCAACACCCAGAGUGCCUCCCAGUGGGAUGGUUUCAGACACUAUGCCUACCAAGAGAGCAGGAAAUAUUUUAAUGGCCAGACGCUAAAUGACUUGUUGACCACCGAAGUCAAUGGAAUACACGCAUGGGUGGAGAAGGGUGGAAUUGUAGGACGAGGAGUCCUCCUCGACUAUGCCGCAUGGGCAGAAACCAAUAAUGUCCAGUUCGACCCCUUCUCAACGCAUGUCAUCUCGGCAAAGACUCUACAGGACAUUGCAGCCAGCCAGGGCACAGAGCUCAAACAAGGCGAUAUUCUGUUCAUCCGAUCGGGCUGGGUGCGCGCCUAUUCUCAACUAUCAGAGGCACAGGCCAAGACCCUUGCAGAUAUCACAUCUCCCCCGGCCAUCGGGAUUGAAUCCUCAGAACAAACCCUGCGUUGGCUGUGGGAAACAGGCUUUGCGGCGGUUGCUGGCGACAUGCCUAGUAUGGAGGCUUGGCCAUGUCAGAAUACUCAAUUUUGGCUGCAUGAAUGGCUGCUGGCUGGCUGGGGAAUGCCAAUCGGUGAACUGUUUGACCUCGAGAGGCUCAGUGAGGAAUGUCGACGACAGGUACGGUGGUCAUUCUUUUUCAGCAGUGUGCCACUUCGGGUACCCGGAGGAGUCGCAAGCCCACCAAAUGGAGUCGCAAUUCUGUAG